AUGCAAGGUGGCGCGAAGCUGCUGGUGGCACCUCGGGCACAAGGGCCGAGAGUGGUGGCGGGCCUGAACACUGAGGGCGAGGUCAUACGGCGCGUUGUGGCAGCGAACAACCACUGCCUGUUCACCUCGCUGGGAUAUGUGCUGGAGGAUCACAACCGUGAUGCGGGCCUCAAGCUGCGACAGGUCAUAGCCGACGUGGUCAAGAGUGACCCAGAGACCUACAACGCCGUGUUCCUGGAUCAAUCCAACGAAGACUACGUCAAGUUCAUCCUCAACCCCGAAAGCUGGGGCGGCGCCAUCGAGCUCUCGAUUCUGUGUAAGUACUACCAGACGGAGAUUGCGGCUGUGGACGUGCAGAGUUUGCGUACCGACGUCUACGGCCAAGGCGAAGGCUAUCCCGAGGCACGGCCGACCUUGGCUCCCAUGGGCAGGAACGACUUGACAUUGCUUGUGAUUAAUCGUCUCUUCACGUGCCGAGUCUUGCUCCUCUACGAUGGCAUCCACUAUGAUCCCUUGGCUCUGACCUUCGACGCCAGUCUUCCGGAGGAGUGCGAUGUAACCGUCUUCUCGGUCGACGAUGACUACGUCAUGGCCAAGGCUCGUGCAAAGAAGAAAUUCACCGACACGGCACGCUUCACGCUGCAGUGCAUGAUCUGCUACGAGGGGCUCACCGGCCAGCAGGCCGCCGUGGCGCACGCCCAGAAGACCGGCCACACCAACUUCGGCGAGGUGGGUCCGUGA